AUGGCGCAGUCCGAAAUGGCGGCAGGGGGCACAAAUCACCAACUGGUGGCAUCCGUUGAGGGCCCUUUUGCGUUGGCCGUUCCGACUUCCUUAACAGACAUUCCGCCGGAGGUGUUGCUUUCAGAGGCUCACGUAAGGGAGCUUCCGGCCGCGCAGGAGGAUAGCGUUAGCACAGAUAGUUAUUCCAGCGUGCCGCAUCACCAACAGAUGCUACCUGAAACAACGAGGGCUCCACCUCGGCGACGGCGUGCCUUGAGACCAUCAAUCAGCCGCGAAGAGAACGAUGAGAGGAAUAUCAAACAUACCGUUGUUGUCCCCGAAAUGUAUCGUUUUUCAAAGAGACAAGUUCAUGGAAACGUGUGGGAUAUUAACAGCGAACUGGACCCGUGUGAAAACAUCAAUGUGUAUCCUGAGCGAGGGAUCUCUCUUAGUUUAGAUAAUCUUGUGAGGUACAGUCCGGCGGAUCUUUUUUCAAGAGCGUGGCCGCUGGUGCCGGCACCUGUAAAGGGCGCAUCGUUCGCUCCCUUUGCACAGCUUCCUGAGUUGCCUGAUAUUUUGAAUGUGCAUCACCCGGACACGGAAGAAGUGGCCCGCUUCAUAAGGUUUACAGCAGUUGAGUUUGCUCGCCGCCAGAGAACUCUGAGCCCCCUUUUCCUCCGAUGCUUGCUUGUGAAGGCUGCUGCUAGCUCUGAAACGACACAAGCGGAACUCGUAUCGCUUACUGGUGGCACAUGCUUUGAUGAGCCCGUGCGGUCAGCUUGGGAGGAUGAAAAUUCCUGUGAUGAUGAUGGUGAUGACAUUGAGGAUGAUCAAAGUGUUUCCAGAAGUGGUGUACCGGUUAGUGAUGUUGAUACCGUAAGUAGCUUCGACUGGGCGAUUGCUGUGGUUUCUGAUUCAUUGCAUCCCCGUGUCCCCAUGCAAGUCGUGCGUAUGCUUCACAAGGUGAUAGACAGGUGUGGCAUCAACUCGACCAAUGAGACUCUUCGUUCGUGGGGGAUGCGGCGGGUUUUCAGAAUUCUGCUUCAGCAGGUCGAACAAGAAAGUUGUUCCUUUAGUGGAGGUGGAGGUGACUCGCGGUGGCUUUUCGGUGCCAUUGAACUUCUAUUUAAAUUGGUUUUAGCAUCAAAGGAUAUCGACUCAUUACUAUCAAUUUUUCGAUGGGUGUAUAGGCAUCCUGAUUUGGCGGACAGGGUUACACUGAAGGGCAUCCGCCCUUGGAUUACUUCGAUUGAAACAUAUGCAAGACCCCGGAUGCGAGUGUUGUUUCCCACAUCGUGGGUGAAGUGUCACGAUGUUUCCUUAGCACAUUCCCUUGGGAUGGAGAUAUCACGCAGUGUUAUUGGGGCUUGUGUUGUUUCACGUAAUGGUGAACUGCACGGAGUCGUACUAACGACACGCGGGAUUUAUAAGGUUCUUUUAGUGCCUCCCUAUAACUUAGUUUGCAAGAAUGAAAAUAUUUCUCUAACAGGCUGUCGUGGCGUCUUUCUUGAGAACAAUCAAAUUGCUGUACAAUCGAAGACUGUGGGCGUCGUGACGUUUUACGAUGCGGAAACGCUUCAGGUACGCCGUGUACUGGAGGCUUGCAAAACGAAUGGGAAUAGUGGCGUUUACGUGUACAGUGGCAUGGACCGCUUUGUUAUUCCCCACUUUCAUCCCAAUAAGAGUGCGCCAUUCUAUGCAAAAUUCAGUGCAUCGAUGUCUGUUCACGGAACCGUUGGACCGCCCACACUGCUGAUUCCACCAGAGGCCGAAUCUCUCAGUGUUCAAUUCUUUCUCUGUCCCGUCCGAGCAGAGCAGUGCACAUCGAUGGGUCUUGUUCAUGUGAGAUGUUUCAAUAAGGAGUGGCUUUCGGUGAAAGUGGCUAUAAACAGUAAAACAUCUCUGCUCUCAAUAUGCUUCGGGCAUGAUGAGGAUUUGCGUGUUGAGGUUCAUGAACCGUUGCGGAGUGAGUGGGCCCUUUGGAGUGCAACACUGCAAAACACAAAUGGUGUGUUCACUUGGAAUGUCUACAAAGAUGCGGUGAUGAUUAAAAGUUGUGCUGUAAGGUGCAAAGUGGCCAAUCUUUCCACUUCCACAACGGGUUCCGUAGAUCUACUCCGUGGCUCGUUCAGUGGAUUUAUCUCGAAUAUUCAAAUCUGGCACCGAGCUCAAUGCAUCAAUGAUAUGCUUACUUCUGCUAAGGGGAGACUCUCACCUGCUUCCCAGUGUGGUUUACUGUGCUCUUUCAAGAUGAAUGAGGGUUCUGGUUGCUGCCUAAGAAGCAGUGACGGCGCCAUCACGUGGAAGGGCGUCAUUUCGUGGGGUCCACCCCCCAAAGUACCCUUUGGCUGUGAUGUUACAGAGAAGGAAGCAAUUCCAUACACACCAUUAGGAGACUACUACGUAGUGACAAACACGUUCGAGACUGCCAUUGUGGAGGAUGGAUUUUGUACUUGGAUGGAUGCAAAUGGUCGCAUUUUGGAGCAGUGUACCGCAGACGUUCAUCCAAAGGAACUAUAUUUUCUAUGCGGGUUCACAAGCCGUAUGUAUAGUGUUAUCUGUGACGUAAGUAGUGGCCUGAGUCUUCGUUGGGUGGAUACGCAAGCACCACCCGCCAUGCAUGUGAGAGAACUUGAAAGUAUGCGUGAUGAAGAAACUGUGAGCGAAAAAUUCUUGGAACUCGAAGGUGAUAAAGGCAUCGUGACACCCUUUUCACUCUCGAACCUUAUUCUGCAUCGACUAAAUGCCGUGUUGGUCGCCGAAGGAAGGUGUUGCGGCGGCACACAGUACACCCCUCAGUUUUUUUCCUGGAAUAGCACAUCACUUCGAACCGUUUCUAGGCUUAUUGACAUUUCACAGGACUUAAUAUUACGCGUCAAACAACCUCUUGGGAGGAACAGCAGUUCCCUACUUCUCCUUUGUGUGUGUGGUCGGCUGCUGACUCAGCAACUUACUUGGAUUAAGAGGGGAUGCCCGCCACAUUUGGUGGCUAUUAUUGUGGAUAUGUUUGAGACACUUAGCAGGUUGGAACCCGAAGACAGGGGUAUUUUGAUGGAGACUCAGUUUGUCUUUAAGGAGCUGCACCGUGUUUUAGUUAUGGAGUGCGUCAGCUAUGACUACUUGUUAGAAAGAAUUUUGAGCACGGAAAGACUGACGGACAUAAAAGACCUUUUAGUAUCCGACUAUAUACCGUCGUUGGUCACUAGCGUAUUGGAAAAGGACUUAAAGAAACCGUUUAUGGCGUUUUUAAAUCGUCUGAAGGAAGCGUGCUUGGCGGAAUCGCAGUUGAUUUUAACAGGAAAAGGGGCGUCAUUCAGACCCUCGUGUGUCUUGCUCCCAACCCUUCUCAGUAUUUUGUCACGAAAGGCCAACCCCCAGUGGCAUCUGGUGGCCAUAGCGUUGCUAAAUUCUCUGUGCAAGGGAACAAUGCGAUUGUUCAAUGGCCUCUUUUCUAACGUGGCGUCGGGGCAUACCGGUGGGACUGAAGAGUUGAAUUUGCUUAAACAAACUGCCAUUGGGGUUGUGGUAUUUCCUGUUGUUCAUUAUCUCGUAGAUCUACUACUCGACAGCAGCAUUGCCAGAGACGUGCUCACUUUACUCAACGAGACUCGUAAUGUCCUGUAUCCUUACGCCGACAUACUUCCAGCACAAUAUGUGAACCACAAUUUGACAGAAACACAUCGAAUUUUUGUUCCUGCCGCAUGCACACACACGACAUCCCUUGACUUACGCUACGCGCGCAGCAUUGAGGUAUUGCAUGAACAUCCGACAACAAGGGAAACCAAUAAGGUAAGGGUUGCCCUUGUAACAAACGAAGGCCGGCGCACCUUUGUCACCAUGCGUGAUGAGCACCUAACCAUCGAGUGCGGUGGUAGGGUGGAGGUUACCGUCACAAAUACCAAAAAGGAAGAGUCACUUAUUACCGUUAAUGCGCGUGUGAUGCUACAAACAGAGUUAUCUUACUGGAUUAGUGAUAUAUGUCUUGCUUUAGGUCAGGCAAUUCUUCAUAACACUCAGCAGCUGCUUCUCAAAGGCCUACCUGAUACCGUUGUUUUUCCGCAGAACAGCAUAUUCCGCGGGGGCCUUUCAGAGGAAGUUCUAAAGAAGCAUAACGUCCCCGGAAUGAGUGACGAAGUUCUACUAGACAAAGAAGACCAGAAAGAACUAACUGACCUGUUUGAAGGUUUUGGUGAUCUUCUUUCUCAGUGGCAAGAACUGUACCGCAAGAAACAUGUUCCUUACCAGGAUCGCUUAGAGUAUGUUAUGCGCGCAUUCUGCGCGGCCCAUGCCUGGCACUUGCGGAGGACAAAAAACGUUUCGUUGCUAAAGCAUGUGGAGAAAUCCCUCGACUUUAUGCGCAAGAAAUCAUAUCUCAUACUGGAGGCCCUGCAACAAGGCGAUGAAAAAGCAAUGCUAGAUCGAGCGCGCUUUCUGCUUGAUACACUCAACCCACGAGAUCGGUUGGAGUCCGCUAUGGCCGAACAGCAGCAAACAGAAGAACCAGUCACUCGUGUUUCAUCCCCAACGAGUGUGCAUUCGGUGGCAAAUGUUCGUACAACUUUGAGCAAAUCCGCACACGUUUCACACGAGAGAACAGAAAGUUGGAAUGUAAGUGCCCUAGGUCGUUUCACGUCGAGUUUAUCCGAUCUUUCAAAACAUUGUCAUGAGGAAGUCGGGAGCAUGAACCGGCCGCGCAUUCCGCUGCUAACCUCUGAUGCGAUCAGUGAGCUUGUAGCAACUAAUACGGAGAGUAUUUCAACCUUAGUGUUCAAAUUUCUUCUUAAUGGGUGUAACGGUGUUACGAACGAGGAUUUGGUAAGGGCACUUGUUGAAAAAGCAAGGUACGCCAGCAAUAACAAGGCCGUACUCAGGCUUCAGGAAAAACUGUUGUCUUCUCACCAACUAGAUGAGGAUAUGUCGUGGUUAAUCGUGAACUCACACCUUUUCUACAGGGAGUUUAUACGAUCGAGGCGCCGUGAAUACAGCAACGAAGCCUCCAAUAAUGUCCGUACUAACUCUGGUUAUAGCGAGGCUACUUUAGAGGAUCUGACGGAGGUUCACUACAUUGAGCCAAUUAUUGGUUGUGGGUUCCAGCGGGAACUGGAGCUCCAGAGGGCAACCUGUAGCUUUUUUCACUGUGUUAUUCACCGCAAUUUUUCGCGAAUAGUUGAGGCCAAGCUGCAAUGCGAGGCGUCAAGGGGUAUGGAGGCGCUUUCUCUGUGUGCCGUUCUUUGCCACCCAUGGGACAGUGUGGACCUUUCCGCAAUAAAUCCGUCGAAAGUUUUCCGCGUUCUUAAAACCUAUAUUCUCGCACCGAUUGCAGAUACGGUAGUCACUCCACUUAAUGGAAGCAGCACUGAUAUUGCGUGGCACCGUUUCUUACAGGAUCGUGGCUUAUUUAAUUUGCUUUAUCGUAGCGUCAUUGUACCAAAUUCAUUACAGCCUGCAGCGGAUGGUGCUACAGUAGUGGAGGGUGAUACACUGGGCGUACAUGUUGAAGGUGCCGACAUAUGUUUCUUAGCACGUAAUCAGUGGAGAGCCUUUAAAGCAGAGGAGGCAUUUGAUAUGUCACCAGCUCAACGGGAUUGCUAUGCAGCUCUCGCUGGUGGGUGUGUGUUGGCUGAUAUGGCGGAGGUUUUGUACUUUGAAAUAACUCUCGAACUUGCUCUCAAUGAGGAGGUUUUUGUUUGCAUUGGUGUUACAAGUUCCUCCAUUUCGUCGUGUGAGUCAGUCGGAAAGGAUUGUUCAGCAGCUUUUUGUUCAGAUGGAACUGUAAGGUAUUCCAACGCUAAUGUGGAAUUUUCGACUCCUUGGUCGGUCGGAGACGUCAUUGGCUGCGGCAUUAUGGCCCCAUCUUCCAGUUUAUUCUUUACUCGCAACGGGGAAUUUCUAGGAAUUGCUACCGAAUGUACCUUUUCCACCAUUAUACCAUUUGUUGCCGUGCAGACGGAUGGAAUGCUCGUCAAACUGAUAGUGAACUUCGGAGAAAACGCUCCGUUCGAAUUUGAUAUGGCUUCUCUGCACAGCUCUUGUCGGACUCAAACCGUUUCGCCUGUUAUGAUUAGUGAUGCUUCGUUUAUUGCCGUGCAUUAUCUCGUAACCGUAUGCUUGAAGAAUCUACAACGGCUUGGCCAACCCGGCUUCAAUGCGAAUGGGGAUUCUAUUUGUGCGCUGCUUGAGGAAGCCUCCGUAUUUCUUAGAGAUGUUGUUGUUGAACUUGUCACGAGUCUCAAACACCUAUACAGUGAUGAAAGCACUCACUUACUCAAGAGGCAAAGACUCCAUAUUGGUGGUGUUUUACUAACGAGACUUUUUCGCAUAGUUAACGUCGUUAUUGAUAGUUUUCGUUGCAGUCUAGUUAGUCGCUCGGCCCACCUCGAAAUAUUACGAAUUUGUUCGAUUACAUUAAGCGAGGCUCAUGAUCACUGGGUGAAAGCACGUGCGGCUCGCUCCCUUGGCCACAUGGCACGUACACUACGGCAGGACUGUUUUGCAGAGGCUGUCGAGGCAUUACGAGGUUCCAUGUCCCCCGAUGUCAUUGUGAAUUCUCUUACGGAGCUUGCACGCGCAAAAAUCUAUCCCGAGUGUUCGCAACGCGCCUUCAUUCCACGGUGGACGGGUGGUCGGACCCGAGUCACCGGUGGGGGUGCUUUUUAUGGGGAGAAGCCACUACCUGCAAGAGGGACUCAUAAAGUUGGUUUCCGCAUCCGCCGCCAAAUGCAAAUGGGCCAUGGAGUUGGUGCAUCGCUGGGGGGUUGCUAUUACAUCGGUCUCUCACAUGGGCAUACACCUGUUACCACUAUGGCAAGUUUAAUUUCUAGGGAUGACGUUUACAUUUUGCAAGACGCUGACGACGGUGAUCAGGUGCCACACCUCCUUCUGCGCCGCCAAACCAUUCCCCGUAACAGUCAGCGGAGGGUUUACGGAUGUGAUGAAGUUGUGUGGGUUGAACUAAACGCUGAUGUAGGGGAGAUAACAUACUACAGAGAAAACAUGGUGCGCAUCGGAUUGGCCUUCGCAAACAUUCACCGUGUCGAUGAUUUAUAUCCAUUUGUGUUCCACUUCAACGAAGACGCGGUUUGUGAUAUUAUCGCUGACCCCUCACAGGUAAAGGAAUCAUGUGAAUUAUUGCUUUCCAGUUUGCGACGGGGUGUGGCGGUUAGUGUCCUUCAACAACUCCACGUCACUCCAUACUUCGGCCCAGCGAUAUCGGAUUGGAUAUAUUCCUUCUUUGUUCGGUCUAGUUAUGACCUCGAAAAAUGUAUAGUCGCACUAGCCAUAUUGGGUGGUGAAAGAAGUGGACUCUUCUGCCAACAUAAAACGCACGGUCCCGUCGUUGUAGAUUCCAUAUCCGAAUCUGCAUCAAGAGCUGUGGUUUACCUUGAGGCCGAUCCGGAUGGGAGGCAAUUCUCUACAGAUGUUGCAGACCUGAAGCCCUCCUUCGUAAUGCCUGCGCUUUUUUCGGUUUCGGAGGGAGAGAGUUUGAGGUGUUGUGGCUGGUUAACCAGCGGGUUAAGAAGAAUUUUGUUUGAAGCAUCUGCGGUCGUGCCGCUAAUGAACGAUGAAAAGGAGCAGAGAAUGGACAUCGCGGAAAAUUUUGUUAAAACAAUUACUGAUGCAAUGAAUAUGGAAUAUACUGCUCUUCAAAUAAUACGUCAUGAAACAACUAACCAAAAAGGCUCUGUGACCUUACUGAGGCGCAAUGCUCCCGUCUCAGCGACUCAAUCAACAUCUUCUUCGUUCCGCAUGGUUAACGGCCAACAACCCAUGUCGAGGACACCUGUUGUUAUCGACCGACGUUUCUCCACGAAAAGUCUGUUCACACCAAGCCCGUCGAUCGGUGUAACCUCGGCUGCGCACUACUCAGCGGUGCGAGGCAACGUUGUGCUUGAGGACGUAUUCUCCUUUGCCGUAAGUAUCACAAUUGCAGAGAGUAAAGGGACGCUUAUGUACAUCGGCGUAACGGCAGAAACAGAGGAGCCGGCAGAACCCCAGGCGAUAGUACGGUGCGAAAAUAUUUGGGCCUUAUGUAACCGUGAUUCAGAGGGAACUAAUAACACGAACUGUUUCGUGGAGCCUGGUAUGAUAUACAGUGCCGGGCAAUUGUUGUUUGACUCGGAUGAUGUAGUAAUUAUCAAAGUGAAUAGGCAGGAAGGAACAGCUUCAUUUUCUCGUGUUCGUGGUGGUAAGUGCGUUGAUUUUGGUGUUUUGUUUGAGAAGAUACCUGAAGAGAAAAAGCUGAGGCCCUUCGUGCUUACUGGACCGGAUUCGGUUGUUGUCUUCUCAUUUCUUGACUGCCACACAUUCCCUGCGCGAAACACAUACCCCCCCAGCAACAUUAGUGCCCUGACACGUAGCACUCCUCCGGUGCUGUGCGCAUCGUGCGGUUCGGAGAUGUUGGAGGCGUGGUACGAGGGGGAAGGUGGAAUUUGUCUGUGCUCUGAGUGUUUCAAUAGUUGGCGUUACCCAAAAUGUAUGUUUCACUUCACCGAUCACAACGAUAACCUUACGGAUUAUCUUUUGUCGCAGCACAGCCCGAAGGAGUUGGUCGUUGGCAGCAUUGUUGGUUUUAUGGAAACCGCAGCGUUUGCAUGGAUGCGUGAUAAAAGUGUUAAUGUCCAAAUCGAUGGAAGUACCUGUAUAGCGACUGAUGGCGCUGCCUUUGCUGUGCUAGAUGACUUUUCCACCUAUGGAGACUCCCGUGUUGAUGUGACCGUUAGCCACGUUGCUGGUGUUGACGGCUUUUCAUUUGGAGGUUUACACUCCUUCGAUUUGCUGUGGUGUGUAAAUAACCUUCUGCAAACAAGUGUAUCAAUUAAGAGUAACAUGAUCUUGAUCAGCCCGACUGUGAUUCCUAACAGCUCAAAAGUUGUGGUUAGUAUGCUUUUUCUUGAUGAGGAUAUUGAGCCGUCGCCAGUUGAUGCCUCUGCGAUUUUUGUGGGUGUAACGAGCGAAGAGUGUGAUUACCGCGUCAUGACUUCCGCGGAGUUUGAGCGCCGCAUAGCACACGGUAACAUCUGGGGCACAUGGAGUGACUCCAAAACUAAAGCGGCUACGCCUCGCAGUGUAUAUCUCUCAGUUGAUAUGACAAAGGGAUCCAUUAUGCUGAGUUCCUCCCUUCGCGGUCUUCAUCUUCACCCGACCGUGGCGACGUGCAACUGCCCCAUUGAAGAAGACACGAAUUUGCGUGUGAUUGUGUUCACGCGCACACCAUGCCAGGUUACUUCUACAGGUGGAUGGGUUUCCGUCAAUGAUGAUGCUUUGGAUAUAAAUUCCUCUUCAGUGGCCGUUGGACUCAUUCCAAGUAACUGUAUAGGUCCUGACAUUGGCAUUAUGGGCUGCAACAAUCUUCUCUUCGACACUCUUAGCUACACCAUGGCUCAAUGCGGAACCGCUUGGAAGGUUGCGCCGCGUAUAGCAGAGGAGGGUACUGGGAUACUCUUUUCUAUUGGCGACACAAUAACGGUCGAGCGAGUGGACAGGGAAGUGGCCGCGUACCGCAACGGUCUGCUGAUAGCGACAUAUACGAUCCCUCCGGAGACUCUAUUGCAUCGGCCUCGGCUUGUUGCUUACCUUUCGACGCGUGGAAUGACUGCAACGGUGGUGCCGCCACUAUUUGGAAAGGCUCAUCUGGGGAGGGUCGUCCGCACAUGUGGUUCUGGAGUUGGGGUUGUGAAGUGUUUGUGCCCGUGCCAAGGAAAGCGAGAGUACGUUGUGCGGAAACGCGAUGUUCGCCACUGUGCGCUUUCCGCUGAUGCGGCCGCUAUUGUAGUGGGUGCUAAGGUGGCCUUCAAAGCCGGAAGCCUCGUUCAGCCCAAACGUGGGCUUGUCACGUCAAUAGGGGGCAAUACAGUCAACGUAUGCGACGAAACGGAUAAGCGUGUCUGCUUCUCCCUGGAUAAAAACAGCAUCUAUGUGCUGGACAACGAGGGACCACACAAAGUUUUACAACCCCCAUAUCCCGCUCUGAAAGCCCCCGAUGGCAGCGUCACGCGUGUGUUUGUUGUGGGGAGCACAAAAUUCAGGCUUUUACGCAACGAGUCCUACAAUGGUAUUAUGUUUGAUGUUCGAGCUGAGGAUUCGGUUGUGCUGACCGGUUUGACCGUUCUCACCCACGCUUCGGGACGCCAUCGGGUGGAAGUAUUUUUCAAGAAGGGUUCUCACCAGAUGCAUGAACGGACUAGCGGCUCGUGGACGAAGAUAUUCUCUAACUUUGUUAAGAUGCGCGCGGGUCGUCAGUUCUCCGUUACGUUUCACGGAAUCCGUAUUGAAGGCGGCUCAACUUUCGCUUUAUACAUCAACGCUACGCACAACUUUGGAGUCGGCCAUUACGCGAAGGAGGGAGGUUGCUCGGGGGCCGUUUCAUCGGAAAUGGACUCCGACGGUACCCUCACAGUUUUGAUGGGGCGCACCAGCGAGAGUAGCACCCCCUUUACUGAUGUUAGUUCCAACUCUUGCGGGUUUUGCGGUUCCAUAGUGUACGUGCGUAGUGAAGAGGCACAGGCUCUCGCAGUGGAGGAAACUGAUUCUGUUGUGUGGCGAGAGUGGGAUGAAAGGAAUAAUGAUGGGUGCAGCGAUCAUCUGCCACUGGUCAGUCGCCCCCAAAUGUCUACUCUUUCGGAAAGAGCUGAAUUUGUUGUUACUGUUUUUGAUGGUCCGGUUGUGCUGCGAGAGCUUCUACUACCCGUUUUUGUUCAACCCUACGUGGGGCACACUAUAGGUCCGAUGAGCUUUCAUGUUUCUCUGUAUUGCGCUGACGUGAACGACUCUACCGAGGGUGUGACAUCGAGAGAGAGGAAUUGGGUCUGGGUACAUCAUGAGGUAUUGCUCCCGAAAGAGUGCUCACACAGAAUCGUAAUGAAUAAACUCCAACUUAAAAUGAAAAGGGGGACUUAUGUCUUCAGUGCUGUCUGUGAACGAACUAUGGGCAUGGUAAGGGAAAGAGGAAGGGAGCGGAUACGAUGUUUUUUUACCUGCAGCGAGCAGGGUCACUGUGUAAGCAAUACCUUUUUCUCUGUCCGAGGACUUGUGGGUAAUAUUCUUGCCGUACCUGCAAACCCCAUGAGCGUGUCAGAGGUUCUUUCCGCUAUAUCGACGGGUGGGCAUCUCAGCCAAAACAAUUCAGCAUCAUACAACGGCAUCAUGUUCGACAUCCGCAGCAAGCAGGAUGUGUUGUUGGAAGAAAUAUUCUGCAUUUCUCAAACAACAGCGGAUAACAUAAAUGUCAGAGUUUUCUGGAAGGAGGGAAGUAUGAAGGGCGCUGAAAAGGUCCCUUCAAAAUGGAAAGAGGUCGCAACUCGGUACCUUUACCUGGCAGAUAAGCAGACCUUUUCUCCGGGUCCACUCAAUCUUCAACUGCGGGCGAAUCAGAUGUACGCUUUGUAUGUCAACACAACAUCCAGCUGUGGAGUCCGGUUUUAUAACAGCAGCGAUGGGCACGUUGGCGAUGUGGGCGACGAAUUCGAGAGCGACGGGGUUUUGACAAUUUAUGUUGGAAAGAAAAGCGAGGGGAUUGUACCUUUCUUGGAGAUACCAUCAGAACCUCGUGCCUUUCGUGGGCGUGUCACCUACCGUCUUAUUGUUCAACGGCGCUUACUGGGACGUAACAUGGCUGUUUUCCCCGCAGUACAGGGGUUUGUCAUUACGCGCCUUCUGACAGCGCUAGUGGCUUUUGCCAGCGGGCCGUUUUCGGUUACGCAACCCUUUGAAGAUACUGGUGUGAUUGAAUCCCUUGGAAAGCUUGUGAAGGCGCGACCGGGAAACGUUGGUAGGCAAGAAAUAUCUGAAGAUCUGUUGAGUGGUGUGGUAAACGGGAAUCUUACAGACGCCUUGGGUGAUGGUGUUGUGACACUACCGUUUGGUGUGAAUGGUGUGGCAUACUUCAAUUCGCUGUGCAAGGGAGAUCUUGCUGUCAUCGCACUGGGGUCAGGGGAGUUUUCCGCCGGGGAGCUGGUGCGUCUAGUCAGUGAUCCCGAUAUUAAAUCCCAAGUCGCGGUAGAGGUUGGUAGGGGUGGUACUCCCGUCUGUGUCACGGUACCAGUAGAUUGUUUAGUUCCUGUUAUUGAGUGUGGCUGGUGCCACCAACCCUUUGCUGUCGAAAGCGUAUGCCAGGCGACAGGAACUGUCCAUUUUCCUGCUUUAAGGGAGGAAGAACAUCUGAUUAGCAUAUUAGCACGGUACAUUGCUCAACGGUGGAACUUGUCCUUUGAUGCUGGCAGCGCGUGUGCAUCGUCUUUGGUGCGCCACACAAGGUCGACAAAUUUUGCCGCUGAUAGAAUUAUCAAAGCAAGGAGGCACGACUCGAUUUCGGGUAGAGCGCUGGAUUCAGGUAGCGUAGAAUACAUGUUAUCACCGGAGCUUCUUCACGAAGACGGAUGGAACGAAAAGUGCUGCAGCUUUGCCUGUCCCUUUGUAUAUAAUGAAAAUCUGGCUGCGUUUGUCUCCCUUUUGUUUACUCCCCUCGGGGACUCCUGGGGAGUUGCGUUCGUCACCGAUCUUCCACUACGUUUAAGCAGCAAAUCACGCCCCAAACUGUUGCAAGUCUCUUUGCACAUUGUUUUUGGUGAUGAUAUCGAGCAGGAUAUCCUCUACGAACCUGCAACAUAUUACGCAGCUCACGGAGGACCGCUUCACGAGCAGUUAGGAGUGUUUGCUCCCUCGCAGUAUUGCUUCUUCGUUAAGAGAAGGGGUUGUGACUGUUUGCGUCUCUCAAUUUGUGAGAUGACGUUCCCACCACCUACGCCUUUCAUGAGUUCGGUGUCACAUCCGUGGCGCUGGGCAGGGGGGUAUGACACAGUAGAAUUGAAACCAAGCGAAGCAUGCGAGCUUGAGGGAGUGUUCAGCACAGGUGCCUGGCCAGUGAAUAAGCCACGCUUCUGGAAGCUGGGGGCAGUGUCUGCGACAAGUGCCAAUGUUUUCUUUUUGGAAGUGCUCGUCCAACUGUUUAGACCUAUUUUUAAGAUAAACUGGGAAGGGAGUCGAAACAGUGUGAUUCACCGCAGCUUCAGCCUCGCACGUGACGAAGAACUUACUCUCGCAUUCACAGCUGAUAACGAUUUUGUCGUGUACGAUGAGGAUGACAACGUUCGCUGCCAUGUCUCAUACAGGGAGCACGUUGGCUCGUCGUUGAAGGGGAUUUCACCGAAGAUAGCAGUUAUGAACGUAGGGCCUCAUCCUACUAGCCUCUACCUCCAUUCACCACGAGAGGUGAUCGACAGAGGCAUAUCCACAAGAUCAAGGAGCUGGUCUGAGGGUGUUGUGGAAUACACCCCCGUGUGGACUUUGUGUAAUCCGUCCAAAGUAGUCAUUUCGAACAAAGGUCGCACGGCAAGCUGUAAUGAUGCAUCCGGGCAAGCAGUGAUUGGGUCCCCACUUCCAACAGUUGGUUUGUCGGGAUUUGUUGUGCAAAUAACCCGCAGUGACCGUGCCGGAGGUGAUUCACUUGGUUCUGGGCACUUUGCUGGAAUUGUGGUAUCGACCUUCGACCAGCUGGAGCCGCACUUCGUGAAACUUCGUGAGCAAGUUGACCAGGUUUGGAUAGUGCAAGAUGUUCUCGACGGCGACUCUUUACCCACACAGGAACGAAUUCCCCCUAUUGACUCGUCAGGCAACACGAUGUUUCUUGCGGGAACAAAGUUGCAUUUUCUUCUUGAUCGUGACAAUGGAACCCUUUCUUUAGCACGUAACAAUGAGUCCCCAAGGGUUGUCUUUCACAAUAUACCUUCCAAUCUGAGCGUGUCUCCCUUUGUUCGUUUGGACCAUGCUAAUGCGUCCGCCACGCUUGCUACCUUUUACGGUGGUGCAUUGGGAGCCGGAAAGUUUAGAGCACCACCUUCCGUGGUGCUGGCAUCACACCCAAUAACACCGACUAUUCUUCGCCGAAUACCGUUCCGCGUAGUGGUUUCAACGUACACCGUACUUCGACAUGUACUCUACAGUCUACCUUCAGAUCGUGUGACUGCCAUUGAACUCAUUUGGUGUGACCAUUGCGGGAACUCGAAACUUGCUUACAGAUUGUCAAAUGCUCUUAAGCAACUCGCGGAGGUGGGUGCUUUUUCGCGUGAGAUGAUUCGAGUUGAGGACAAAAAGCUUGAGGAAUUUUGCGGUCAAACUGCGGUUCGGAGGGUAGUGGAUGCUUUGUCGUCACCGCUGGAUAAACCGCACGUUUUCAUUCCUGGAACCGCAGAUGAAGGGGACACUUUUAUACGGUUGCCUAGCGCAUACGAGGUUAUUGGUAGGGUCGGUGGAAGCUCUAUGGUUCGUUUACUAUAUUUUGACGACAACACAACAAGCAAGCGAACACUGCACAUAUUUAGCCAUGAUGACCCCGAAAUAACUGUUACGUCCUUUAACGUAGUAACAAAGCAUCCGUGUGUAAUGUACCAAGAGGACAUAAUGCAGUCAUUGGACUCCUCAAAAAGUUUUGGUGUUAUUACGCAUGGCUGGUUUGACGGCACUCUUAACUCCUUAGACAUGGAAAGAUUCUCCAAACAACAACAGAAAUCCAUUGUUAUGUCCCUCCUUGCCGCGUUGGAGCACUGGCACCUGCAUUCUCUAAUCCACGGCAACAUCCACCCGAAAAAUGUGUAUGUGAAAACUGGCCGAGGAGCCACGGUCACAUGCGCAGUUUGGAAUGUUUAUACCUUACGUCGAUACGAUCAUUUCGCCUCCCCACAGCUUCAGCGACAAGGAACACGUGAUAUGAAGGGUGAUUUGUGGAGCUGUGCCCAACUCCUUCGUAUGUUCAGCACCUUUCUAAUAUGUGAGGAAGGUUUCCGGUCCGCUGCAGGCAUGCUGGAAAAGGGUAAUAUGACAAUUUCAUACAUUCUUGAUCAACUAAGGGAGUUUGCAGACGAUGCCAAAAAGAGUGCCGGAGAGGAGACAAUAUUUCUUCAAACGGGCCGCCAAGCGUGCAUUCCUGGUAACUCGUGCAGCGGGAUUAUGUUUGAUGUUAUUGCGAAACGAAAUAAGGUGAACAUUGUAAAGGUGUAUUUUGUCUCUGACACAACAUCUACCGCGACCGUAACUCUCUUUAUGCGUAAUGGGACUUUCAGAGGAGUUGAAGAGCAAGGCGGUGAGUGGCAAGUUGUCAUGCGAAGGGAUAUGGAGCUUGCACGAGGCGUUGAAGCGAAAGUAGAGGGGUUUGAGUCUAUAACCAUCUCUCCAGGGGAGCAUGUGGCUUUCUUUCUUCAUACCACAAACCACAGUAGUAUCAUGUUCUACACAGUGUCGGAGGACGGAAGACCAGGGUUGUCAAAUGUUGCUUUGGAGGAUAAAUAUAUUGGAAUUACGGCGGGGAGGGUAACUACAUGUACGCUACCAUUUUCAAGCAUUCAGAAGGAGAAGCAGCUUCUUCAUGGAGGAAUUACGUACACGAUUCCAUCGCAGUCAUGCGGUUAUCGGAGUUACCUAUGCCAACGCGUAAACGCGAGAGAUCUCCAAUUUAAUCGACCUGUCGGAGGGCCCGUAACGGUCGAAUCGUUAGGGCGUGGUUUAAUCCUUUGUGAAAGCGGCGAACAACGGCUUAUUUUUCUCGGAGGAACCAGAAUGGAAUGGGUGCAGUGGGAGACUGUUUCUAGAGUAUCAUUCGAUGACUCGCCUGCCUGGAGGCAACUGGAGGAUGAUCUCCGCGGAGUUAUCUGCGGCCGUUACCUGUCUUUAGGAAGCUUAAACCCCCCGCACAUGCAAAGCAGCAAACUUCAGUUCAACAGACGGAUCUGUAACCAGUGUGCAGUCACGGAUCGUCUCACCACUGAAGGUGAUUUUUUUUGGUGGGUGUCAGAUCCGAUUCGGACGUCAUGCAUAGUUUCCGUAAAGGAGAUAAGCAGUGUACAGGGCUCCUCGCUUUUUGUGAGUUCGUCGGAGGGCACUGACGGAGAGGACCUUUCUAAGGUCGAGUCAUUAGACGGAAAGAAGCACAUCUUUAUUUAUGUGGAUGAGUUGGGACGUUGUGUAACUUCAUUAGAGGACGGUGGAUACCGGAUAGUUAAAAAAUUACAGGACGAUCUCUCGCAGGCGGCGCUAUUUUUGGUUUACGGCCCUGUUCCAACUUGCGAAGAUAUUUUCCCCCUUAGUGUCUUCGUAAACGCGAGGAGCUACAACUGCGAUUUUACUCAGUUUGAGGAUGACACUGCCGUUUUCUCCUAUGAUACAAGUGUGCCGCUUGAGCACAACCUUCUCUUUAACGGAUUCGCUCUCAAGUGCUGCGCGGUACCCCAUGAAACACCAAAGUUUUCAGUUGCUUCUUGCGUCACUUACCGUAGCGAUGUCUCCGCAGUAUCUUUACCUUUUUGUGAUGUACCCCAGACAAAGGAGGAUGCCGAACGUGACUUGUCACCAAUCUUGGAAAGGCAAAACCACCGACGCCGUUUGCUGCUGAAGUUUCAGCGACAACAACCGUGGGUAGAGGAAGAGGUGACAUUCUCAGCUUCUCCACAACACGUCACGAUUUCAAACGGUUGUGUUCAACACGUCUCAAGUAUUGGCCCACAAUCGUGCACCGUGACAAAACCAGUGAUCGAGGGACUCAAGUUACAUGAGAUAGAGCUCCUGGUGUGUACCUCCGUGCAGUUUCCCGCGCGGGUUACUUUUCAACAUCCCCCAACAGCUUGGUUUGUGGACGUACCCAUCCCGAUAAUUCCUGUUCAUGGUGAAUCGCUCAUAUUGCCGACAUCUUCCGUCAAAUGUGUUCGACUUUACAUUCGCGUUAUACCCUGGGCGAAACGCGCUCUUGUGGUGGUGAACGGGGAGACGGUAUACGAAGUGUUACAAGGGAGGGACUGCCCGGCAGAUAUGCAGCUUUCAUUUACGCUCUCUGCUCCCGGUACUUCCGUCAAAGUCGUGCAUUGGCGUGUGUUGCACAAGGAAGAUUCACCCGUUCAACGCAGUGCAAUGGAUACAAUAUGGACCCAACUGAUGAUUGACCGCAUCUCACCCAAUGUUUCGCAGGGGAUGGGGUCUCUCGGUCAGCACUCAUGGAAUACACCAGCUAUAGGAAUUCAAAGUGGUGGUGAGUCGAGUCUUAUACCACAAGUUGAAGAGGCCAUGGUGUCGUAUGCGAAGAAACUGAUUGGUACCGUCAUCAUGAGUUGCAAUUCAUCGGAUACACUCAAGACACUACAACAUCUGCUUCCGUACACUACACUGCGGAAUGAUUUGUCCUCCCUCACUGCUUUGGUUCGGGCGGAGGUCCGCAGAUCCUCAUUUUUUCUGCUUGCGGCCGCUUACGCAUGCCUUGCGGCGCCAUUCGCUGCGCAAAGUGCAGAAAACGUGGAAGUUAGCGUCAACCUCAUUUAUGUGUCGCUCAGCCUUGAUGGCGUCAUCCAUCUUCUGUCGACAUCAUUCGGAUCAACAUUGAUGCUUUUAUUGCUUCGCACCGCAACGGCACAUGUACGUGCGGUAAGAAAUGUUGCUCUGCGAUGCGUGCUUCAGUUGCUUAAAAUGAGCAAUUGCCCGCUGCCAUCACAUGAAGCCCUUUGCGCAUCACUUGCUCCACUUCUAGCUGUGAUAAGUAGCAUGUGUCAGAGGGGGAAGAUGUCCUGUACGUUUGUACAGUUGGGUAUAUUGCUGGUGAGUGAGCUUCUGCAGCGUUAUCAACUGGAGCGACCCAGUUUACCAGCUCCUGGGAGGCAGAGUUGUGUACCGUAUGCCAUUGUCAUUUGCACGAAGUUGGCCAUCGAAGCGGUUACAUCCAAACCACCACGGCCUUUACCCGAGGCUUUCACGCGAGGGCAACAGGAGUCACACCGUAUCAGCUUUGAGCUACUGACCGGCCCAACAUCACCCGAGGGGUACUGUAGCUGUUACGGUGUCUUCUCCCAAACGUUUCGAUGUACAUUCGGUUCGAAAAAAUUCGAAGUAGUUUUGAACUCUGCACGAUGUGGAAAUGUUGUCGUUGGAUGGAACAUGGAUGCUUCACUACCGGGUUCCCUAGCAGCAGGUACGUCAGAUAAGGAUCAGUCGUCGGCCAGCACUUUGUUACCGUCAUGUGGUUACCUCAUAAAGCCAAAUGGAAAGAUACAUCUUUGUCUAAGCCGUAAAAAAGAAUCGCAGCCAUUGCAAGUGAGAGCAAAAGGUGGCGACAUUGUUCUGGUAACGUGUUUAUAUCAUGAGCAAGCCGUUAUAUUUAAUCUCCAGAGGGAGUCGAAAAAUGAAACAACUACUCGAUUUGAGACAUUUCCUAACGAAAUGUUGGCACUUCCGGUGUUCUUCGCGGAAAGAAGGGAAGACGCAACGUUUCAUGGUGAGCAACUUCUCACUGAAGCAUCUACUGGUAUGGACGUGUCCCAACUCUACAGCAGGUUCCAGGAACAUCCCCAUCGCCUCGACACGGAGGUUGUCGCGCAAUCGUUCGAAUUUUAUGCUGAAUUGUCCCUGUUUUGUCAAACCUUUUCGAUAUCAGAGAAGUUGCUUGUUUCCCCUAACGGUGAUGCGUCGUUGACUGUUCCUUCCCAUGAUUUAGUGGAAUAUACUCACUUGUUGUCCUUCCUUGGUGCUGACGUCCUGGGGAACGAUGUUCCGAUUGAGCGGCUCGUACCAUAUGUUAAGCGUCUACAAAUAUUUGAUACACUGACGGCUGUUUUUUCUGUGGUAGUUGACAUUCGGCGCAGCACAGAACUUUUUGAAAUGUGGAAGAAGCUUAAGAGCCUUUGCUCUGCAGAGUCUUCAAAAAAAAUCCAAAAUGAGACAAUGCGGCCUUUCAGAAAUCGCACGGGGCACAAAGGGAAAGUUACCAUUCAUACAAUGCACGCCCGGGCCUCUGUGCGCUACGGUUUUUACCCAACGCUAAUGCGUUCCGUGUUCGGACAGUUGUUCGCGCAGCUUCAGCGAAGUCCGAUUUCUAUCUUCUAUGUCUCGCCCAUGUUCACCGUAAAGCUUGCCGGUUUUGGAUCUACGGACGUGGGGGGACCUUACCGCGAUAUUCUAUCACAGCUUGCGACAGAGAUUAUGUCAACACACCCAAGCGGGAAAUUCCAACAGAAUCCCCUCUUUAAGGACUGCGGUUGUGAUGGGCAGUUGGCCGUGAUGCCAAAUGCAACAAUGGCUCUUGAAUUUCAGCUGUUUCCCAUGUUCGAGUUUUUCGGGAAGUUUCUCGCAGCGUGUUUUAUUACCAAAGAUCUCCUCGCCGUGGAGUUUCCACCACUGUUUUGGAAACUCUUACUUAGCGAGGAAACAUCACUGCGUGACCUGAGGGCCAUGGAUCGUGACAUAAUGAGGCAAUUAACACCGGAGGCGUUAGCAGAGCGGACGGCUGAGGAGCUGGAGGAGAGAUUUCCAGGCCUACAGGAGAGUUGGUUGAGAUUCUGUAGUGAAAAUUCUCACCUUAGAAUGCGGGAGGAAUUGCCGCCUGUGGAUCUUCGUACUGCGGGAAUACUCGCAGAACAUAUUGCCUCCAUCGAAGUUCACAAGUAUGAUGUGGUGAUCAGCCAUAUUCGGCAUGGGUUCGGUCAAGUAAUCCCCUUGUACACACUCAAUGCCUUCCGCUGGCAGCAAGUGGAGUUGAUCAUUUGUGGGACGCCUAAGUUAUCUUGUCAAGCACUGCGUGACGUUUGUGAGGUCUCUCUCCCCUCAAACGAUUCACAAAUGUUUGACGAAGUUAUUGAAACUAUGUGUGAUAAAGACCGGAUGCUGCUUCUCCGCUUUACAACGGGACAAACAAGGCUGCCGCUCAAGGAAAACAUCAAAGUUAAAAGGGGAGGGACCCGUGACUCCCUUCCAACCAGUAAUACUUGUUUCUUUACACUCCGUAUACCCGCCUACAGUUCAAUUGAUGUUAUGCGUGACCGGAUUUUGUAUGCCAUCCGGCACUGUGAAGCCAUCGAUACUGACGGGCUAGCACAAGAGCACAUUGUUUUGGACGCCUAA